UGUUGAAAUUGUUGAUCGUUGUUGAACAAAAAUGGAUUUAUCUUUCGACGAUUUUCAAUGGAUCGAAUCUUCAGUUGACAGACGAAGCGAAACGAUUCGAAUUCGUCGAAAAAUUCUAUCGAAAAAUUCUCUCGGGUGAGACGACUUUCAGACAGUUGAGUUCAAUGUCGAUACGACCCGUUUAUUUCACCAAUAGAAACGUCGAGAAAUCCUCAAGUGAAACGAUCGUGUCUUCAUCCGGGUCGUUACGACGAAUUCAAAACGAUUUUAACGUCAAUCGAACAAAUUCAAAAGAAUUUACACGAAUUUCUCGAAAGUAAACGUCACAUUUGUCCUCGACUGGAUUUUUUAUCGGAUGACGAACUUUUAUCGCUUCUCGGCUCGACAAAUCCAACUGAAAUUCAAUUCUUUUUACCGAAAAUCUUUCAAAAUAUUUCGUCACUCGAUUUUCAACAACGUUCCGAAACGUUCGUCGUUUGUGGCAUGAUUUCGUUUGAAAAUGAACAAAUGAAUUUUCUUCUUCAUCAACAAUGUCAAAAUCCAAUGGAAUUAGCGAUUUUAAACAUCGAAAAUGAAAUGAAACGAUCGCAUCGAUUGUUAAUCAAAGAAGCGAUUUAUUCGUAUCGUUUUCAUCAAACUCGAAUCGAUUCGAUGAGAAAAAACAUCGGAAUGAUCGUUAUCGUUGUUCAUCAAGUUUGGUCAACGUGGUUCAUCGAAGAGUAAAUUUUCUCCAUCGAUUCGUUUUUUGUUUGUCUUUUCUUCGUAGUCAAUUCGAUAAAAUGACGAAACAGGAAGAAAAAUCGGCAAUGAAAAGCUAUGGCGAACAGUUGAACAAUGAAAUCGAUGAACUCGUUUUCGAAAUGCGACGAUCGAACGAUUCAUCGAAAAAGUUCCAAAUGAUUUUAACGAUUGACGUUCAUACGCGUGACAUUGUGGAAAAUCUUAUUCGAGAUGGAAUUCAAUCUGCUGAUGAUUUGUAAAUGUCAUUCAAUGAACUAAACAUCGACCUGUUCGUCUUCUUCUUCUUGUAGUGCGUGGCAAUCACAAUUGAGAUUUUACUGGUUGAUGGAUGACGACGAUCUUUUUCUCAAACAAUGUGACGGACAAUUUCCAUAUGGUUUGAUCAUGAUGAGAAGGAAUUAAAGACGAUGAAAACCUGUUUAGGUUACGAAUACAUGGGUCUCAAUGGUCGUUUAGUGAUCACACCAUUGACCGAUCGAAUUUAUUUGACGAUCACCCAAGUCAUUUUCAAUAAGAUGAUCUUUUUUCUACUCGUUGUUCUCAUCGAUUUUAGGCUUUAUCAAUGUUUCUCGGCUGUGCAGCCGUGGGGCCAACGGGAACAGGAAAAACAGAAUCAAUCAAAGAUCUUGCAAAAGCGAUGGGACUUUUGUGUCUUGUAACAAAUGCAGGUCAAAUGAGUGGCAAAAUUCGGAGUGCUGUUUGUCAAACGGGUUCUUGGGCGUGUUUCGACGAGUACGAC